UCUGUGUACACAAUGGUUCGAUGUGCUUUUGCAAGUCCCCGCUCGCUGCCAGCGACGACCGUCGCGCAUGCGCUAAGCGGGUCAACGAGAACCUGUUUGCUUUCCCUUUCUGUCAACAUUAGGUUUUCUUUUUCCACUUGCUUGCAAUUUCCAGAUGGACUGCAUUCUCAAGCUUUCGAGCCACGAGGCGUUCCCGAUCGUCGUGGCGGUAGUUGCCGGUACUGUGGUACUGUAUGUGCUGUUCUCGCGCAAGCGCACGCUGGCUGCGAUUCCGUUCGAGCUCAAGCCCCUUCCCGAGAGCAGCCCAGGCUGGCGUUCCGGCAAGCAGCUCUCGUCGCCCAGCAUCAUCGUGCCUGGGCAACCCGACCUGAUCCAAUGCUUUGACCCGGCCACCGGCCGGUCCUUGGGCCAGGUCGCCUGCACGACUUUUGAGGGGCUGACGGAGCGGAUCCAGCGCGCGCGCAAGGCGCAGAAGCAGUGGGCCAAGACCACCUUUGAGCAGCGGCGGCAGGUGAUGCGCACGCUGAAUGAAUUUGUGCUGGCACACCAGCGCGAGAUCUGCCAGACGGCGUGCCGGGAUUCCGGUAAGACCCUGGUGGAUGCGACCUUGGGAGAGGUCCUGGUGACGUGUGCGAAGCUGCAGUGGACGAUCAAGAACGGUGAGGAGGCGCUCAAGGACAGUAGCCGCGACCCCGGAUUCAUGAUGAUGUACAAGAAGGCCAAGGUCAUCUACCAGCCACGCGGGGUGGUCGCGGCAUUGGUAUCGUGGAAUUACCCAUUCCACAAUACCAUUGGGCCGGUGAUCUCGGCGCUGUUCUCUGGAAAUGCCAUUGUGGUCAAGGCCAGCGAGCACGUCGCCUGGAGCAUGGGCUACUGGGAGCAGCUGGUUAGGCGUGCGCUGAAUGUCUGUGGGCACGACCCAGAGCUUGUGCAGUUCGUUACGGGCUUUGGCGAUCUGGGCAACGCUCUAUCGUCGUCGCCCCUGAUUGAUCACAUUACGUUCAUUGGGUCGCCCGAGGUCGGCAAGCUAGUGAUGAAGGCAGCGUCGGCAAACCUGACACCGGUGACACUGGAGCUCGGCGGCAAGGACUGCGCUAUUGUCUUUAGCGACGCAGACAUGGGGCAGUGCAUGCCUGUGCUGAUGCGUGGAGUGUUCCAGAAUGCCUCGCAGAACUGCAUCGGCAUUGAGCGCAUUCUGGUGCAGCAGCAGGCUUAUGGUGCGUUCGUUGAGGAAAUGCUGCUGCGCAUCAAGAAGCUGCGCCUGGGAUCGAUUCUCGAGGACAGUGAGGUUGACUGCGGCGCCAUGGUCAUGGCCAACACCUUCGACCGCCUCGAGGCGUUGGUCCAGGAUGCAGUUGCCAAGGGCGCACGUUGCCUGACUGGUGGCAAGCGCUACGACCACCCAAAGUACCCACAUGGACAGUACUUCCAGCCAACGCUGCUUGUCGAUGUCACACCUGACAUGGACAUUACCCGCAACGAGACAUUCGGCCCGAUCAUGGUUGUGAUGAAGUUCAAGGAUGAGGCCGAUGCUAUGGAGAUUGUGCAUUCGUCGCCAUACGGCCUGGGGUCGAGCGUGUUUUCGGGCGACAAGGCCCGCGGACGCCGGGUUGCGCUGAACCUGCGCGCUGGCAUGGCCAACGUCAAUGACUUUGCUGUCAACUAUAUGUGCCAGUCGCUGCCAUUUGGCGGUGUGGGUAUUAGCGGCUUCGGGCGGUUUGCGGGACCUGAGGGUCUGCGUGCGCUGUGCGUCGAGAAGGCAUUCACCGAGGACAAGCUGCCGUUUGUCAAGACCCCGAUUCCGCCUAUUGUCGACUAUCCGAUCCAGGACACCGAGAAGGGAUACAAGUUUACGCAGCAGAUUGUUGCGUUUGCAUACAGCGACACAUGGUGGGAGUCCAUCAUGGCUGGCCUGCGUCUUGGCAAGCUCUCCAUGUAAUAGUCAGAUUCACUAAUCACAUAAGCAAUGGAGGUGAUUUGAUUUAUGGCUGUGAUCAGUUUUCUUGUGAAAACAGCAAAUGUGC